AUUCGUACUGCCCUAUCACACAAGUGACAGUGCAGAUUGUGUGUCCUUACACUACAUUUUGAUGGUGGCUUCAUCGUCCUUACUAGUAUACCGCCUGCUCGGGCGUGCGCCCCGGCCCACCCGAGAUCCCCAGAGGCUCUCCACCACAGUAUCGCAAGCGUCCUGGGGUAUAUAUUCUUCCGGCGUGUCUUCCGUGCCCCGCAGCCAGCGAUGUCCGAGAGCGAACUGGACACACUGCAGGCGACGAAGUACCUCUCAGGGGUCGCCCUGACGCUCCUCAUGUAUGAUCAUGUAAUCCACAUCGAGGAUGAAGUCGCGCUUGUGUGGUGCCAACCGCCCACUCUUCUCUCGGUCUUUGUUAUGGCGGAGAUGUAUGUCCGCGAGAUCGGGCUUGCGUACAUGGUUGCCGUCGUUAGCGGUACAACGGACCAGACGCAUUAUUCAUGUGUCGUAUCAACAUGGUUUGUUAUCGUCUACAGUUUAUUGAGCACUGGCUCUGUACAUUCGCUGCUUCUCUAUCGAGUAUUCAGACUAUGGGACAACCGGACGAUCGUACAGUAUGUCAUCAUCGCCGGCUUCGUCCUGUCCUUUGCAGGCACGAUCGCCUGCGCGAUCAGUGCGGCUGAUGCCCUCGCCCGGGAGGUGCAGGUAUCGCCGAUAAUACGUACAUGUAUAUUCCCCUACAAGUCGUGGUUUGCCACGGCGUCUUGGGCGGUGGUGAUACUGUAUGACUUGUUCGUCCUGGUUGUCGUGGUCGUGAACGCGUUCGGUAAACCACGGCGGAGUGAUAUGGACAUUGUCAGAGACCUGUAUACCGACGGAUUCCUGAUAUUCCUGGUGCGCCUUUCUGGCACUCCGCGUAUCGAGGUUGUUGCCGAGCGUUGUCGGCGGGGGAGACGACGUACUAUUGACGCCGCUUAUCUCCUGGUCGUUGGAAGGUGCGCUGAAUACACGGCUCUACUACAAAGUCAAGGAACUCGAGGUCCAUCGCAAGCACUGGACGCCGUUUGUGCUGCCAGUGGGCGACACUCAUGCACGGCAACGAUCUGGGGUUCUCAUCUACGAAGAAACCGAGAUGGAUGUACUCUGAUGAAAAGUUGUGAGAGAUUAUCACUUGUCCCGUAUCCUUAUUGCAAACUUGUGUAUUAUUUAUGACAUGUAGCCACAAGCCCUUGACGUUCACGCGAUACGGCAUACGAUAUGUUCGUUCUGUGCUUUACUGUGAUUUCGAUGGAGUCCAGCGCCUGAAAUACGGACGGCCUACCACACAGGUGUCGACGAAGACCAGCCAAGGACCAGCCAAG